UCGCAUUCCGCCAUGUGCUCUUUACCUUAUCUUCACUUCCGAAAAUCUAUUUCUAUCAAGCUCGCAGAAACAUCAACAGGGCGGCCGCCAUUACUGCCUGAAGUAAGUGCCUUAAGUUAAAAUAUGGAUCCCCGUACCAGUGCCCAGGACGUUAUGCGAUGUGACCUGUGUGAGACUGCUGUUGUACAGAUGCACUGUGAUACAUGUCUUGUCAACCUGUGUAAGGCCUGUGUGGGAGAACAUGUUUCUGUGAAUCUCUCGAAGCCACAUAAAAUUGUUGACUUCAAGGACAAACAAUCUAUUCCCAUCUAUCCUGAAUGUACAACACAUGACAAAGAAAGAUGUAAAAUGUACUGUAAACAAUGUGAUACUCCUCUUUGCAAUAAAUGCAUCGCAUCCGAUCAACAUUUAGGUCACAGAUUGUCAGAAAUAUUACAAAUUCUGGAAGAAAAAAGAGACACCAUCAUCCAAAAUCAAAUUGAACUAAAGGAAACAAUUUACCCAACCUACCAGGACAUUGCCUCUAAAGUUCAAAUCAGAAUUAGUCAAUUAGAAAAGAAAUAUAGAGAUCUCUCAACGGCCAUUACAAAACAUGCAGAGAACUGGCACAGAGAAAUUGACGAACAUGUCAAGAAACUUAAAGCUGAAGUUGAUGUAAUGAAAAACACACAGAGAAAUACUUUACAGAAACAUCUGGAUGAAGUAAACAAGAACAUUUCCGACAUCAAGGAUGAAAUUAAUUCACUUGAGGAUGCCGUGGCCUCUAAAGACAUUUUCUAUUUCUAUAAUGUUAAAUUUGACCUAGAGAAAUAUAAAAGGCUUCCAAUAAAAAUUGUUCCUUCUUUACCAAACUUCACACCAGGAAGAAUUCAAGGAGGAGAACUUAGUAAACUGUUUGGAAGUUUAGCACCAAGUUCAAUGACUACAGAUGAACAAGGCUACAGACUCGGCAUAAAACAGAAAUUACCAGAAGCUGAAUUCUGUCUUCCAGAGAAACAGUUGCUCGAUGAACCAGAGACCGUCACCACCAUAGUGACGGGGUAUGAAAGACUUUACAAUGUGGCCUGUCUGAGUGAUGAAGAAAUCUGGACAAGCGGAAAUGGCAACAUCAUGAAACUCUUCAGCAUCAAUCAGGGAUCACUACUCAAGUCAAUCAGAACCAAGUCAGGGAACUGGCCAUGUGAUAUAGCAGUUACAAAGAUUGGAGAUUUAGCUUAUACGGAUCACAAAGAUAGAACUGUAAAUAUUGUAAAGAAUGAAAAGAUAGAGAAGGUGAUCAGACUAAAGAAAUGGAAACCUCUUGGUAACUGUGUCACAUCCUCUGGUAAUCUAUUGGUUAUUCUAAUGAGUAAUGAUGGAAAACAAACAAAGGUUGUUCAAUACUAUGGCUCCAUAGAGAUAGAGAGCAUUCAGUUUAAAGGCACUGAUAAACCUCUCUAUUCUGAAUCUGAAGAAAAACACAUUACAGAGAAUAAGAAUCUGGAUAUCUGUGUGUCUGAUAAUGAAGCUGGAGCAGUAGUGGUGGUCAACCGAGCAGGAAAACCGAGAUUCAGGUACACUGGACAUACUCCUGCUCCAAAGAACCAACCAUUCAGUCCACGAGGAAUCACCACAGACAGUCAGAGUCACAUCCUUACAGCUGAUAUUAGCAACGAUUGUAUCCACAUCAUAGACCAGGAUGGACAUUUCCUCCGUUAUAUAGAAUGUGGACUGAGUUAUCCCAUAGGGCUGUGUUCAGAUACAAAUGACAAUCUGUUUGUUGCUGAAUGGGAAAAUAGAAAAGUGAAGAAAAUCAAAUAUCUGCAAUGAAAACCACCCGAAUGUAGAUUACAGUAAAACAAAAUACUCUUUGAGAUUUAUUACAUUGAUGUUCUUCAACUUCAUACAGACUGCACUCCUUAAUAACAAAAAAAAAACAAAGAAGAAAAUUCCAUCCUUAGCAUGAUGUUCAAUUCAUUAUCAUUAUACUGUACAUGUAUACAAUCAUGUAAAGUAUUUAUGUGAGCUAAUAUGCUUGUUAUUUAUUUGAAAUGACUGAUGAACAAAGCAACUUUCACAUAUUACAGCCAUUAACUAUAUUUUCUGUUUUUUGUAUUUAAAACAUGUCAUGGAAACAGAUUUGAGACAAUUAAGUAACGGCAAAGAUAUUUUAGUUCGAAAUAUCUUGAAAGAGUAUGUUGGUAUAAAGAAGUUUGAAUGAAGGGAAUGUUAGCAAAAUUCGAGGUUCUAAUUACUGAGUAUCUCAGUAAUUGCAAUAAAAUGUAAUACUCAUACAUGAUACAUUUUCAUGACAGAAUAAAACCCUGAAUUAAACAAUACUGUAAGGACCUGUCAAGUGACUAUAAUUUAACUAUGGUGUACUAUGUAAUAAUUCUUAGGUGGGUAAACUUUACUUGUAAUGAUAUUACAUGUGUGACAAAACGUUGUGACAACAUGACUGAGAAUGUUAGAAUUUGUAUUUAUAUUUACAUGCCAUGAAUUAGUUACCUUUAAUCUUAAAUCUGCAUGUAUUACUUAAGUUAACUGUCAUUAUAUUAGCAGUUCUACAUGUGUGGAUAAGCUGUAAUACUUUGAAUCAUCUGCUGUCAAGCUACUUGUUUACAUUCUGUCUGCCAUCUUUAUAUCGGCGCAUAUUAUGUACACAGUUUAGCACUUUACCAAACAUGUUAUUCUUGCUAUAUAUCACAGGCAAAGUUACUUGCUAUUUAUAUUGUUAAUUUUUUAUUGGGUUCUACUAUUCAUUUUAAGCCAUUAUUAUUCCUGAUUACAUGUGUCUACAACUUGCACUGUAUUUUUAUCCAUCCGCGAUAUCGUCUGCUUACUCAGCAAGUUAUUUACGUGAAAGGAGUAUAUAUGAUAAGAGCCAAUUUUGGCCCCCUAAAAAUCUACAUUUUAGAAUGACAUUAAUGAUUUUAUACUGUUUAACGUCCCUCUCCAGAAUAUUUCACUGAUAUGGAAACGUCACCAUUGCCGGUGAAGGGCUGCAAAUUUAGGCCUAUGCUCGGCACUCAGGGCCAUUGAGCAGGGAGGGAUCUUUAUCAUGCCACACCUGCUGUGACACGGGGCCUCGGUUUAUACGGUCUCAUCCGAAGAAUGACAUUAAGAUAUGUUUAAUUGAUAUUUAUUUUGUAGAAGAGAUUAUAUUAGAAAUAUUUCCAUUAUAUUUUUCACAUUGAUAUGCACUCACUAGCUGUAAAUGACAUUAGAAAUAAUGCUAUUUUUGCUAUCUAGCAAAAAAGCCAAAAAUAUGCCCUUUUCUCGAUGUUUUUUUCUUAUGGGAAACAUAGAGCGCAGUGUAGAACAUACAUAAUUUUUCUGUCACUAAUUAGUAUUAGAUAGAUACAUCUUUGGUAAAAAUAUAAAUCUUGUUCUAGGCUGCGCUCUAUAUUUUCUGGAAGAAAAACUGCUUGUAAAUAAACAAUUUUACACAAAAUAUGCUAAAAUGGCGGGAAAACGUGAUUUUUAUGAUGUCAUAUUUCUAAAAUAACGGCAUUUUAAUCAAAAUGAAAAUGACCAAUAAAGGUCGCCUAUAUAGCUGUUCAAAUUAAAGCUAUAUAUAAAGUAAAAUUAAGAUAUUCAUUUUAAGGGGCCAAUUGAGACAUUUACCAUAUAUCGCUCUUUACAAG